AUGCAGCUCAGGCUCAUCAACGACGAUGACGGAAAUCUCUAUCAACGUGACAAAAAACUAGGCAGUGGAGGAUAUGGUACAGUUUACCGGAAACUGGCUUGUAAGGUGCAAAAAGUGGAAACCGACCACCAAGCAGGCAUGAGAGGACGGGAGCUGGUAGUCUGGUUGGACGCGAGUCGCGGAACACAACACGUUGCUCACCUGCGCGACGCCUCGUUCAACAGGGAAAGGAAGUUGCUUUUUGUCUACAUGGAUCUUUUCCGCGGCGGGGACCUCUACGAUUUCACGUACGAUAUUCUAGAUGGGAAACACGGGGAUAUUCUAGAGGAGAAACACUGGGAUAUCGUCCAUCCGUUCCUCGUUUUCCAUCUAGCCUGCGAGGUGGCCUUUGGGCUCAGCGAGAUUCACGCAAAGGGCAUCAUGCAUCGGGACCUCAAGCUCGACAACGUCUUGCUUACCCACAAGAUUACCCCGCGCAUGAACUCUGCCCUGUGUCGAUUGACAAGCGGGGAGAUCCUGGACACCAAGGACGAAAAGAAUAUCCAGGAGCUGUUCGACAUCGUGUUUCGGAAGUCUGACCGAGAUGACCCGUUAGCCCUCUUGACUGAUUUCGGCCUCUCACGAAAUCUUAACGAUGAGAACCUGAGGUCAAAUUACACCGUGGUUGGGAUGAAACCCAAAUGGACCAAAGGCAUCAGCGCGCCCGAACUGGUUCACCACAAUCAUCAGUCACUCAUGGCUGAUAUCUACAGCUUCGGCGUCCUCGUCUACUAUUACGGCAGGGAUCUGCAGGACCUCGUGGAUCGCUGCCUAAACCACGAUGCCUCGCAGCGCCCGGAUUCAGAGGAGCUGAUCCAAACGCUCUGGCCCCUGAGGGUGGCGGCCGCAAAUAGGGCCAAGUAUCAUCUGGAGAAGCUAUCAAACUACAAACAACACGUGCAGCAAAUCAUAGAGUGA